GCUCGCGGGCAGGGAGGGCUCCGGCGGCGCCCGCCUCGCUGCCGCCCCUCGUUAGCGGACGCGUCCGUCAGCGGAGCCGGGCUGCGUUUGACACGCGCACACGCGAUCCCGGGGCUGUCACUUCGGGUACCGCACGCCGCUCUGACGCGGGGACGGCCGCUGGCGCCGGAGGGAGGGAUGCAGCCCACGUUGCUCCCGGCAGCUCCCGGCGCCGUGCGCUCGGCUCGAGGCCUUCGCGUGAACCGUGGGGCUCCGGCGGCGGCCGGGCGGGGUGAGACGGGAGGGCACCGCGCUCCGGGGGCUGCUCGGCUCAUCUCCUCCGGCAGCGGGGGCCGCGGGGUCAGCGGAAGGGUCCGCACGGAGCCGUCGUUUCGUGCGGAGCGCGGCGGGUGCACGCGGGCGACGGUUGCGAGCCGGCUGCGCGGCUGUGCCCGCAGAGGGACGGUGAGCGGCGACUCUGGAUGCCCGUCCUUGCGCCCUGCCCGCGUCCCCCGGAGCCCAGGCGGCGGCUCCAGGCGGCGGUGGGCGCGGCGUGCCGGCCCCGCUCGGCUCCUGGUGGGAGUCGCGUCCGCCGUGCCGUGCUCCGGAUCCUCCCGUGUGGAGCAGCAGAACAGGCUUAAACACGGGAGCUCCCCGAGACAGAGGUUAUCUUCUUGAUGAAUAAUAAUUAUUAUAAUUUUUUCAUAGUGUGGUAGCGCUCAGAGGCCACGAACAAUUAGCGGGCUCGUUUCCAUCUGUAGUAACAAUACUUCUGUUGCAUCCAGCGCUUCUGAUCAGCGUGUGCUGGUAUCAAAGAUCCGCAUCAUCCCGGCUUUAUUGCGGGAGGGGAAACUGAGGCACGCGGCGCAGAAAGGCACUCGCUAAUUUCCAAAUCCCCCCGGUAGCGAGCGUUGUCUAAGGCGCAUAAAGCAGGGGGGGGUGCCUGCUGGAUGGCAUUGGGAAUCCACUUAAAGGCAGGAAUUUGUAUUCUGAGACAACGUUCUCCGCACCGGUGCCGGGAGCUGCAGCCGCAGCAGCCUCGGCUCCCGCUGCCCAUGCAGCAGUGGCUGCUGUCGGGGCUGCACCCUGCGCGUGGCCGUGGGAUGGGUGCCGCUCCCUGCGGGGCUGCGUGCUCGGAGCUGCUGCGGGGCCGCGCACCCACCCGUGGGGCUGAGCCCCCCCCCGGGCAGACGCACGCGUGGCACGGUGUUGUGACCGCCAGCUUGUGAAUGCUGAGCGACGGAACCUUUCCAGCUCCUUCCAGAGAUGCGCUCUGCAGACAGCUUGAGGCUUUCUAGCGGCAUCCUGGCGUGCACGGGAGCGCAUCCUGCCCCGGCUGCUGGUGGCACUGUGCCUCCAGGUGCAGCCCGGCCUGGCUCUGCGUGGGGCAAUGCUUCCCCCAGGGAAAGCCGUGAAGCUGUGGGAUGUCUCGUGAUGCGCUGAGCCUCCCGUGAGCACGAGCCUUCGGGCCACGUCCUAUUUCAUUUGUCCUGUAACUACUUCGGGGCAGCGCCAGCCCCGGCCAGGUCUCGUGUCGGCCGAUUCCCCACGUCCGUGCCCCUGCACGGGCUGACUCUGGGACUUGGGGGAACAUCGCGUUGCCCACGCCACGUGUGCCAGGAAGGCAGCAGCCAGCCCGUCCCGAGGUGGUCACUUCUGUAUCCCUGAAGAGGCGGCCGAGCAGCGCCACAGCCAUGCUGCCAUUAAGGACAGCGCUGGGAUGGGAAACCGCCUCCUCACCUCUCCCUGCUCCACGCGCUGCCCGCGUGGGCUGCAUUCCCCUGGGCAGGUCGCUGCCUCCUCACCUCGUGCUUGAGAUGGUGACGGCCACGCUCCUCUGCAUUGCAAAGAGCUGGGAGCGAAGGCAAUCCCAGCGGGAGCGCCAGCACUGCUGCCCGCCGGCCGUGUGUGUUAGCGCUGGAGGCAGAGAACGCUUCGGGCUCUGCGGGCUCCUGACGGCUUUCUGCAAAGGCUCCGUGUGCUGCCGCGUCUCCAGGCCGCGUCGAGUCCCCGUCCAACUUGCACCCGUGCGCGUGUGGCUGAAGGAAGCGCGAUGCGAUGGGGCGAUGGCAGGAGGUGCCGGGUGCCAGGAGGACGUCGCUGCCUCUUCCCCAGUCGCUGGGUUCCUAUCUCUGGGCACGGGCUGCAGGACCCUGCGGGAGGUGCUGGGGCACAGGGAGCGCCUGCCUCGUCCUGGCCCCGGGGCCGGGAGCGUGACUCAUUUUCCUGCAGGGCCCUUCAGCCAGUGACCUAAAUAAAGAUGGAUGCACGCAGAUCCCUCGGCUCGUGCGAGCUGCCACUUCCACCAGGCACCUGCUGCCAAAAGGGAGCCCCGUGCUGGGGGUGCUCCUCCGCGGCGCCCGCGUGGCAUUUGCUGUGAGCGUGCAUGGCUCCAUCGCGGCACUCUGCAGCCGUCCUCGGGCUGGCAGCGUUCUGGUUGGGCCACGGGGGUGCAGAAGCAGUGCAAGACAUUGCUGGGAACGCCACAGGGGAGAGGUGCAGGGUAACAGGUGCUGCUGGGACCCGCUGCCACAGAGCAGUGUGCGUCCUCACCGUGAGAGCACGGGUAUAAAGGGCCAGUGAGGCAGGAUGUGGCUCACGAGGGCUCUGGGCCAAGGAGGAGCAGAGCUGCUCGAGAGGACGUACGGCACCGGCCCAGGCACAGGCGGGGGAGGAUAAAGUGGCCGCGAUUAAGUGCCUGCAGGAAACCAGGAGGUCUGCACGCCUCCAAACGUGGGGCGAUGGAAGGGCCUCCAAGAGCAGCUGUGAGGGCAGGGCACGUGCUGGCUUCGUGCUGGCACCGCCGCCGCGAGGAGCUGCCUGCUGGCACUGCUGAUCAACACUCCGCCUUCCGCCCUUGAGUCCCGUGGAUGCUCCGUGCUGAGCACAAACGCACCGAGUCCUCUUGGAGCCAAGAUGGGAUGAGGUCCCGCUGCUGCGACUGCGUCGUGCACCUGGCUGCUGCCCGGCCUCCGGCUGUGAGCACACACCUCAUCCUCCGCUGCCUCCCGCUGCCGUAGCACCUCGUGCCGUGUCCGAGCUCAGGGGCAGCGGAGGCUCUGUCCCAGGAGGAGCCGUCGCACCCUGUAGUAGAGGCGGGUAAUUAGCUGCUCUCCUCUGCAGCUCCAGAAGUAGAUGAUUUCCUCUCUCAUAAAUCUAAUCUCCUGGCUUCCUGCGUCUUGAGGAGAAGAUUUAUGUGUCUGCUCUGGUUUUCCUUCUACCACAGACGUCGCCAGGAGGAGGAGGUGGAGGAUGGGUGCGGAAGGGUCCCCAGCGGAGCUGGCAGGGUGUCCUGUCCCUGGUGUCCUGCCCGAGGAGCCGGGAGCCGGGACCCACGGUGUGCUGGGCAGGGUGACACCGGGCAGCUGGGCCCUGCAGUGUGCCAGGCCCUGUGACUGCGGGGUGGGAUCCAGCGCUGCUGUUCGGUGGUGGUGGUGGUGGCCAGGAGAGGGGAACCCCACCCCCGACGCCUCCGUGGCUCCAGGCACCAAGCAGCUGCUGGGACACCCGUCCCCACUGCCCCGAGCACCCCAUGGAGCCAGAGCCCACGCUGAGGUGCUCCUGUCAUUUAUUGCAUUAUGGUGGCGUCAUCUGGUUUUAUCCGUAAAUCACUUGAUAUGAUCUGCCGCUUGUAAUUGAGCAAGAGGAGGAAAACACUCAGACCUUAAAUAAUUGUCAGGAGAGCAUCCAUCACCACCUGAAUCUUGGCCAAGUCGCUCUGGCACCAGAUGGCCUCACCUCUCAGGAAGGUCCUUCCCCGUCUGAGAGCGAUGACCUCUGGCUCUCGGGCGCUGUUCUCUUGCACUUUACCUGUGGGGCUGCAGAGCAGAGCCGCUUCCCACCGCUGAGACUCCUUUUCUGCAGUGCUCUUUCCUUGAUUCCCACAUGACAUCGUAUUUGUCAUUCUCAUUCCUCAUCCUUCUCCCAGUCUCCGCAUCGUCCACAAGUACAGUCAGUGCUGGCUUCUCCUCUCUGAGGUCACUGACACCGGCGUCACUGCGGGGCCCGGUGCCCCUCCGCAGGACCCGGCCAGCAGCGCUGCCGUUUGGUGCCGAGCCCUGGAUGGUUAUGUCUUGAGACAUGCUGGUUAGCCUGGGUUUAAUCCAUUUAAUGCGUGGCACAUUGCUUUCGUAUCUUCCUGAUUUCUCCAUGAAAAUGUCAAAUGCCUUACAGAGAUCUAAGUCUGUUCCAUCCAGGCUUUUACCUUCGUUGACCAAACUGGGAAUCUCAUCAAAACAGACAGCAAAUGGGUUUGAUGAACCGUGCUUCCCAGAGCCCUGUGCUGGCGCUGCCGUCCUUCAGCUGUCACUAAUCAGGCUCUGAGCGCGUCCCACCGCUGCCCUGGCUGGUGCCGUGCUGGUGGUCCCCGUGCCCCUCCGCCUCUGCUGCAUCGUCCCACAGCACGGGGGCUCUCCCGAGGUCUGGAUGCCACCAUCACACCUGGAACCGGGAGAGGAGAAGGCCCUGUGGCCCCGGGGCUUCCCUGCCGGGAUGCCGUGCUGCACAGAGGUGCCCGUGGCUCUGGUGGUGCCUCACCUCCAGGAGCGUGGCUGCCCUGUGUUUGUGCACGUCGGGCCUGUUGGAGCAGCGGGCAGGGCGGGUAGAGGCAGCCUGCCCUCCAUGGCACAGUCCUGCUGGCAGAGCUGGGCACAGGGACUCCCAGCCCACGGUGCACAGCCAGAAGCGGAGCGCUGGGAUGGCUCGGUCCUCUCUGCCUCCUGCUGCGGCCUCGGGCGCUGCGCAGCCGCUCUCCUCUGGGUUUAACACCGGUGUGUCUGUGUUUGCUGGGCACGGGGUCGGGGUGCCGGCGUGAGCAGCCCCCACGCUCGCCCUGGAGCAGGGACUGCUGGAGGGCUGCAGGCACAGGGCGCCUGAGGACAGCUCAGCCACCGCGCAGCUCUCAUCCUUCAGCUGUCCCCUCCCAUCUGCCCGUUCCCCCGGUCCUGGCCGUUCUUCUACAGAGAGGAACUGCUGGAACAGCUGCAGCCCUGGGCUCAGCCCUGAAGGGGCUGACGUGGUUUUAGGAGCCCAGAAAGGCUCCACCGUGCCUCGUUCUGGGCAGGGUGACAUUAACAAGGGACACUUCUGCUCCUGUGCCCCCAGUCUGGGAUCUCAGGUCUUGCAUAGGGUGCCUCGGCGCAGGAGCUGUGGGCACGGGAAGGCGGGUGGGAUACAGCGCAUCGGCGUGCGUGGGCCUGAGCACCACCUCCCUGCAAACAUGCUGGAAGAGAGCAGCUGGAGAGCCCCGAUGUGCUGAGCGCUGGGUGCCUGCGCUUCCUGCACAGCCUCUCCCAGUGGCCUUUUCUGUGCAUCCAAAAUGUCCCUGGAGCUGUGCUUCCAGCUGGAUCUGUCGGCAGAGAUGUUUCCUUCGUAUUCAGCUCUGGUACAGGGGGUGCCUGAGAUGCAGCAGCCGCUUGGUUGCGUGGUCCUGGUUCGGUCCCCCAGCAGGACUCAUUAUUAGCACGGGGAGACGCGGGCAUGCCAGAAGCAGAGCCUGAGCACAGCACUAAACCUGACCGUACCGUAAUGCAUAUGCAGAAGGACGAGCGGGAGGGUCCUAGCUUUUGGUGUCUGACAGCCUCAGAACCGUUCUCCAAAUGCAGUCAGCACAUGUAUAAUUUAUCGGUUUUCUCUUUGUCCUUGUGCCGUGCCUCAGAUCUCCAGCGGUGCUGGGUUCGGAGGCGCAGGGUGCCUCGGCAGAGUGCUGCUGACUGACAGCUCCGCGUUGGCUGCGUGGGCAGCGGAGCAUUCUGGGGUUGCUCUGUGGCCCACGCCGCGGGUUUGCAGGGCCGUGUGUGCCCAAAGCACAUGGAUGGUGCCCGCAGCGCUCCUGCCCUGUGCCGGGCUGUGGGAGCUCCUGGCACCCUCCCGGCACCCUGACCCCUGGGAGCGCUCCCCAGGCCGCGCUGGUGCCAGCCCACGUGCAGGAUGCUGGUUGCUGUACGGGGACGUGCUGCCUGCCCAUACGGGAAACGCGCUCGGUGGCAGCACGCUGGCACAGCUGUCGCUGGGGACGCCGCUCCUACACCGCGGGGCUGGAGUGGGUCCCGUGGUCCCAGCGGGUCUGCCCCAUCCCGGUCAGCUGCCCCAGACCAGGGGUGAGCACGGGGCCGCUCCUCCCCACCACGCAGCAGCCCCACGUGGCAGCGAUCCCGCUCCCUGGCUCAGCCUGUUGCUGUCCAUACCAAGACACCCCAUUGCCUCCUGCCUCGCAAACACCCCCUGGUGCCCGGGCACGGCUCCAGGAGCGGGGAAGGGACACGGCUGGGAGGCGGCGGGUGGCGUGUGGAGCAGCAUCCGCACAGUGCUGGGUGAGGGGCAGCAGCGAGGGGCACGGAGAUAUGCAGUGUGUGGCACCUGCACUGCUUGGGCACGGCUGGGUGCUCACUGAGCUCCCCCUGGGUCCCGGGACGUGUGCGGAAGCCGACGCCGUCAACACACGGGAAGUUUGCUCAUGACCGGCACACGGGGACUAUGGGCCACGGUGCUGAGACAGCCGCUCCAUUACAACGAGAGCCGGGCACAGCGGCACAGGGCGGCAGCAGGGCUGCACGGAGAGCAAAGCGCCCAUCCCCAUGGGCCACUGUGGGGCCCAGGGCUCUGCCAGCUGCAGAGAGGGUGGGCGCUGCUGAUGCCAAGUGUAGGAUGCAGGCAUUGCACGGUGCCACGGGGCACUGCUGGUGCCAGGUGCAGGAGGCAGGCAUUGCGCGGUGCCAUGCAGCGCUGCGUGGUGCCGUGUGCCCCAGCAGCACAAGGGGCCAGGCAGUGGUGGGUAACUAGUGUGGGCAGGAGAGCCAGAUGGGCACGGGGGCUCAGAGCUGGUGUGGGGCACAGCUGGGGCAGGGCUGGGUGGAGGCUGUGCCCUCCCUGCUUGGGGAGGGGAGCCAUGCGCAGCUGUGUGCCAGUGAUGGCAGGAUGGGGAUGGGGUCCAUCCGUCCCCACGCCCAAGCUCCCCGUGCCCAGAGCUGUGCCCGUCCCAUCCUGCUGUGCUCCCCACACCCUCCGAACACGAGGUACCGAGUCCCAGCAAGGCAGAGCUAUUUUUAACGGCUUCUUCUGCUUGAUUUGAGCUGUGAACUUGUAACGUGUUUAUGCUAAAGGGGUUUCUUUUUUUCCCUUCUCCCUUUGUGCUGAGGAGGCAGUGCCAGAGAUCAAAGCUUGUCUCUUUGCGUUUGGUGAUGGCCACGCGGGAUGGGGGGUGGGAGGGCGCACGGAGGCCGGCAGCUCCGCGGGGCAGCGGGAGACAUCCCCGUCUGCGGGAACGGCGGGCGCAGGGCCGGGUCACCCACCUCUCUCUGUCCCUGCAGGUCAGGGAGCCGGGAGCCAUGCACGGGGCCAGACAGCAUCUGGAGCUCCGUGGAGCUCAGCGCGGAGAGCACUGAGUGCAGCGGACGGCGGCGGGACCAUGAGCUGCCAGCGGGGAGGCACGAUGCUGGGCAGGGUGCUCGGGGCGCCCGCGUGCCGGGGGCCGUAGGUGCGGGAGGUGGGCAGCAUGCCCUGCAGCCCCCUGCCCGCCUCCUGCGCGGCAUCCCCUCUGCGCGGCGGUGCGGGAUGAGGCCGCCCGCCGCCCCAGGCAGCUCCGGGGACGGGCACAACGCAGGGGCCACGGCCGCGGGGCUGUGAGCCAUGCUCAGCCGGGAUCCCCUGCCCUCCGGUGAGGGCAGCCAGGAGAAAGCCAUGACGGUGCGCUCGGUGCUGCUCAACCGCGACUCGCCCGACAUCGAGAGCCGCCUGCGGCGCCGGCGCAACCGCACGCAGCAGGUGCGCUUCAAGGACCUGGUGGAGGGCAGCCCCCCCCCAGCGCCCGCCCCCGGCCCCAACACCCCACGUGCCUCGCCGCCCCCCAGGGCCCCCCCUGAGCCGGCGGCUCUCUGUGCCUCGCGGCGCAGCUGGCCCCAGGCCCAGCCGUGCUCGCUGACGCUGCCCAUGCCCAGGAAGGCCUGCGCCAGCGCUGCCAUCCAAACCUCCCCCAGCCUCCAGAAGCCCUUCCAGGCCCCCCGGCCCCACAGCGGGAGCGUCUGCGAUGUGGCCAGGGACGCGGGGCUGCUCGCCGCCCUGGGGAGCUCCCGCUGCCCGGGGGGGGCCGCACCCGCCGCCUCGGUGCGGGCUGUUCCCCCGCAGACGCCCACCCCCGAGCGUGCCCCCUCCCUCACCCAACACCCCGCGGCGUGCCACGUGCCGCCGCCACCACCCAGGGAUCCCUGUCCCCCAUACCCGGGCACGGCCGGGUGCCCCGCUGCCAGCUGUACUCCCUCAGCCAGGAGCUGCCCCACCGAGCCCUGCGCCCGGCCCGGCGGGACCCCCCGGGGUGGGCGGGGGCUCCCCCAGCGCCCAGCCUCCGUGCCCUGUGCCCAGUCUCAGCCCUCCUCUGAGGUGUGGGUGCUUGGCCGCAGCGACUCAGAGCACAGCCUGCCCCGCGGGCAUCGCCAGCCGCCCCUCCUCCACCAGCCAGCUCAGGGCAACCCCCCCCGCGACCCCUCGCCACCCCAGCACCAGCUCUGCGGCUCGCCCUGGGGGAGGCCCUGCUGCACCCCAGCGCCCACCCCACCAGCGCCCGGCUGGCACAGCUCUGCCACCGCCGCACUGGAGACCACACCAGCUGCACUCGGCCAUCCGGACACCCAGGACAUCUGCAGCCGGCUGCGGGCUGCCGAGCCCGGCCACGAGCAGGCGGCUCCGGAGAGGCACAAGGGACCCCAGCACGGCUUCAGUGCAGCGGUUCAGCCCGGUGGGCACGCACCGGAGCCCCCCCAGUAUGGGCAGCCCUGCCUCACCACCCAGCAGUCGGAGACGCUGCGCCACGUGCAGGACCUGCUGCAGAUGGUGGUGGCGGCCAAGGGGACACCGGGAGCCGCGGCGGGGGACGAGCACGGCCACACAUCUCAGGGACAGGGGGCACAGGGGGACCUGCAGUCCCAGCUGCAGUCCCUGGAAGGGGUGCUGGAGACCAGCCAGCAAACCAUCCGCGUGCUGCUGGACGUCAUCCAGGACCUGGAGAAGAAGGAGGCCCAGCGGGACGGGCGACACUCGUACCGGACGGGGCAGGACAUCGCCAACUGCGGGACGUGCCGGGACUGUGCCUGCAUCAUCUACAGGUACGGGGCAGCGCUGCCGCCCUGGGGACGUUCCUGCACUCGUGCAGCUUUUCCUCCACCGUCACUCCACGCCGUGCUCCCUGUUCAUAGCAGAAAUGCCUCCCUGAGCCCGAGGGCAGGAUGCAGCACCGCUGUACAGGGCCAGCAGGGUCCCCAUCCUGUCCCGGUGCAGGACGAGCAAGGAGCCAGGUGCUCUCCCUGCACCUCUGCUGUGUCCCAGCUCCUCCCCGGGCUCCUGCCGGGCAUUGCUCCUUCUGUUACCGAUGAUGCGCUCAGAGCCGGCCCUGGGCAGCACCAUGGGUGGACGGUGUGAGCUCCUGGGGUGCAUCAGGGCUGGGGGUGCCCCAGCUCCGUCCCCCACCCAGCUCUGUCCCCUCGCGCUGCUGCAGCCCUGCUGGGGUUGCCUCUCGUUGCCGGCUCAUUGCCACCAGAGCCCAGAGCCAGCUCCCCGCGAUAGCUCGUGGGGGCCGUCAGCGCUAAUUGGGACUGACGAGGCUGUCUCAAUGCGGCACUGCGGCUGGGAGAGAUGGCACUGCUGGGGAGGUGGGUCCUGCUGCGGGCUCCCGCUGGGCUCCGCUGCCUCCACGUGCGGGGAAAAGGCUCCGGUGGGACACGGUGGGAGCUGGACUGGGGCAGCUGCACAGGGCUGUGCCGGGUGCUGUGCAAGGGGUGCACGCAGCUGUGGGGGAACGGAGGUGGUUGGGUGCCUGCAGAGGUGGGAGGAAUGGGGACGGGUGGUCAGGGAGCACGGGGUGCCGGCGUGCUGCACGGGUGUCAGUGCCACGUGCGGUGUUGGCAGCAGCACCUUGCUGAUCUGAUGGGAGGUGGCUGCUCGGAGAUGGAAGCGCUUUCCGGGUGAGGGAGCAUCGCAGCACGUGGCCUCCAGUGCCCUGCCUGCGGGUGCUGCAGGGACAGCGGGGGGCUCUGGGGACGCGCAGGAGACCUGGUGCUGGCGGUGGGUGAUGCGUCCCCUCCUUCCCUACCCGGACCAGCGGUGCCCACGUGCUUUGCAUUAGGAAUGCUAUCAGACUCUCACCCCUGCUGCUGGUGCUAUGGCCGCACUGGGCUCAGGGACGCGAGGGCAGUGGGGGUCUGUAACGUCAGGGCUGGGUACAGCCCCUUUCCAGGGGCUCUCAGGGGUCCCAAAGACCUCAGCUCCUGCACUGCAUCCCGCUGAUCCCCAGCUAGGGCAGGGGGCCGGCUCCCACCACAGCCAGGUCAAUACCCAGAGCAUUCUACUGCAGUAGACCCCCAGCGACCCCCAGGGCUCACAGCCAGCCCUUGCCUCUCCUGUUACGGGCACAGCAUCGCCCCUCUGCCCUGCACUGCUGCACUCCUACAUCAGGAACUCAGCUUCUGCUGCACAAAACCCAAACUACCCGGCGCCAAAGUGCCACCAGCCCAGGGUGCAGGGGACGAGCUCCGGGCACUCGGGGGGGGCCCACACAGCAGCUAAGCUCUGCAGGAGGGAUGUGGUAUGUUUGGUGUUUAGGGCAAAGGAGCUUGGGUGAGGGGAUGAAACAGUAGGAAAAGCACAGGGAGCCACGGCCAGGAGAAAAGCAGAGCAGCUCCGAGAGCAGCUGUGAUGCUACGAGUGGAGGGGGGAAGCACCACUGGGUCAGGGCUGUCCGUCGGUCUGUCCCUCCAGUACUGGGGGUCCCCACGUGCUCUGGGUGCAGCGCGGUGCCAUGUGUGGGCAGAUAGCUGCCCCCGGGCCCAGGUCCGGCCCCCACCCCGCUCCCAGCCGUGCAGCAUGCAGGCAGUGGGUGGCGGUGGCCGCAGCCCCAGCCGAGCCCCCAGCGCAGCACCGGCGCCGCAGCAGUGCCGUGACGCCGUCCCUUC